AUUAUUGCAUGGACUUUAUUUUACAGUGUUACAUUAAUGGAUUAUGUAUUUCUGAUGUUCGCGGUUUCUGAAUAAAUCACUUUUUAGGUGUUAAUUGAAAGUAAUGGGCGUACGAAUUCUUAUGACGUCAAGAUUAUUGAGCCAAGCCGUUCGCCAUUGUCAGCAAUCAGCCAAGUCACUUAUAAGAAGAACUUACUGUAGUGAAUACGACAGAAAUACCAUGUCAUACAGAGAUAGAAUGUUCGAUAAUUCAGGACGAUCAGAUAGAAAAGGAUUUGGUGGAGGUGGUCGUAUGGGCAAUGGCCUACCAACUGCAUUUGGUCGAAGUGAUCGUGGUGGAGGAUAUGAUAGAAGAGGUGGUGGAGGCGGCCGUGGUGGAAGCAGUAUGGGAGGGCCUAGAUCCAUGAAGGGUUCACAACCAGGAGAAAAACUAAGAAAACCCAGAUGGGAUUUAAACCGUUUACCAAAAUUUGAAAAGAGCUUUUAUGUCGAAGCUCCUUCUGUAGCAGCAAGAACACAGGCUGAAGUAGAUGCUUUCCAUCGGGAAAAUCAAAUCACUCUCAAAGGUGAAAAUAUUCCUAAACCUCUUUUCAGUUUUAGCGAGGCAGGCUUUCCAGAAUAUGUUCUACGACAAGUUCGACACAAUAACUGGCAAAAUCCUACUCCAAUCCAAGCACAAGGCUGGCCUAUUGCUUUAUCUGGGUUAGAUAUGGUUGGUAUUGCACAGACGGGUUCUGGAAAAACAUUAGGGUUUAUAUUGCCUUCUUUAGUUCAUAUAAGUGCUCAACCAUAUCUCGGCCCAGGAGAUGGACCAAUUUGUUUAGUGCUAGUACCAACUCGAGAAUUGGCUCAGCAAGUACAAGCUGUUGCACAAGAGUUUGGUCAAUUAUCAAAAAUCAGAAAUUGCUGUGUGUAUGGCGGAGCACCCAAGGGACCCCAAAUACGAUCCUUAGAAAGAGGAGCUGAAAUCUGUAUCGCCACCCCUGGUAGAUUGAUUGAUUUCCUUGAAACUGAAAAAACAAAUUUACGGAGGACCACAUACCUUGUUUUAGAUGAGGCUGAUAGAAUGUUAGACAUGGGAUUUGAACCUCAAAUCAGAAAAAUUCUUGAACAAGUUAGACCUGACAGACAAACUCUUAUGUGGAGUGCUACAUGGCCAAAGGAAGUGCGCAAAUUAGCUGAAGAUUUUCUACAAGAUUAUGUUCAGGCUAAUAUUGGUGCUCUACAGCUAACAGCUAAUCACAAUAUUCUACAAAUUAUAGACGUUUGUCAAGAAUACGAAAAGGAACAAAAAUUAAUGAAACUGUUAGAUGAGAUAAUGCAGGAGAGAGAAAAUAAGACGAUUAUAUUUGUUGAAACCAAGCGUAAAUGUGAUGAUAUAUCUAGAAAAAUGAAAAGAGAAGGGUGGCCUGUUAUGGCUAUUCAUGGUGAUAAAUCGCAACAAGAAAGAGAUUGGGUUCUUAGUGAAUUCCGAACUGGAAAAACACCAAUGAUGAUUGCUACAGAUGUUGCUUCUAGAGGGUUAGAUGUGGAUGAUAUCAAGUUUGUGAUAAACUUUGAUUACCCCAACUGCUCAGAGGAUUAUGUACAUAGAAUUGGUAGAACGGCCAGAUCCAACAACACAGGAACAGCCUAUACAUUCUUCACCCCUGGUAAUGGUAAACAAGUCAAUGAUCUGAUAGGUGUAUUGAGAGAAGCCAACCAGACCAUCAACCCUAAAUUAAUCCAGUUAGCAGAGAGUUCCCGUCACAUGAUGGGAAAAGGCCGAAGCCGAUGGGGAGAUCGCAAGGUUGGGAGCAGAGACAGUGGUAGCCGGUUUGGUGGAUUUGGGGGUGGAAGUAGCCGAGGUAGUGGUGGAAGUCGCGGUGGUUAUGGUUCUAGUGGGGGAUCUAGUCGCGGAGGUGGAUCUUAUUCCAGUAGUGGAGGGGGGUCCUCUUAUUCAAGUGGAGGUAGCAGUCGUUUUAGCAGUCAAUCUCAAUCAUCAUCUCGUGGUGGAUCAAGAGGUGGUGGCGCUAGUCGCGGUACAAGUUCAUAUUCCAAUCAGGGUAGUUAUGGAAAUAGAAAUCAAAAUUCCUACAGCAGCGGUGGCCAACAACAACAGCAACAACAACAAGGGUACCAAGGCUACCAACAAUCUUACCCACAGAGUAAUGGAAGUCAGUACGGCUCUCAACAACAAUCAUCUGGUACAGAUCUCAAUAACAUGGCUUACAUGUACAGUCAGUGGAUGUCACAAACUCAGCCUGCUUCAACUGCAGCAACUACAACAGCAGCAGCGGCUCCUCCUCUCCCCCCAUCAUCGGCUGCACCCCCUCCACCACCACCACCAGCAGGAUAUUAAAAUCAUUCAAUUUGUAAAUAUUUUAAAUUAUGUCAACUGAUAUUUGUACAUCUUUGUAAAUCGUAUGAUAACUUUUGUCCUUUUAGUAGUGUCUUGAUUAUUCAGUGAAGUAUUUGCCCCUCCAGACCUAUUGUAGUGGACUUUAUUCUUUUUCCAAAAGUUUUAGUAAAAGAUAAACAAAAAAUCAAAUGGAUGUCCUCUAUUUUAGUGCUAAGACUCGUUUUAUUGUAAAGUUUAAGAUCAUUUUAAUCAUUUCAUAAAGAUCACCAUACUCAUUGCUUAUAUUGAUAUAAAUUCUUGUGUAUAUGUCUAGAUAAAAAAUAAAUAUUUGAAAAGAAAA